AUGUGUUUGGUGGUAGUAGAGAAGGGGUUUUCAUGUAAAGGUGUGCAGGAGCAGAUUGAAGAGCUGAGCAGGGAAUCUGGAAAACCUGCAGACGAGUUCACAGUCGUGCUGCCUUUGGGAUACACAGAAGAAAAUUACCCUUUCAAAUCCUGCAAGAUUCAGAAGGUUCUCACUGACCUGGAAACACUGGCUACAAACAGAGGUCUAACUCCCACCAGCAUGAGACCUGAUGAUUAUGCAGAAUUCCAGAUGGAGGACAAUGGGAAACACACCAGCACUAAAGUGAAUCUUGUUCUUUUGGGAAUGGCCGGUACUGGAAAGAGUGCCAGUGGAAACACCAUCCUCAAAAAGAAUGUCUUCAUGUCUAAACCCAGUUCAAAUCCGGUCACCAGAGAGUGUCAGGUGGGAGAAACAAAGAUAAAUGGCAUACACUUUCGUGUGAUUGAUACUCCUGACAUAUUCGAUGACGAGCUCAAAUCAUCAGAUAAAGAGAAACAUGUAAAAAGGUGCAAAGAGCUCUGUGAGUCAGAAGCUUGUGUGUAUGUACUUGUGAUGCAUGUGAGCAGAUUUACAGAUGGUGAAAGAGACAUACUGACAAAGUUAGAAAAAGCCUUUUGGAACAAAGUUAGUGAAAAAACAGUCAUCCUGUUCACCCGAGGAAACGACUUGAAGCAGACAGAAGUGACGUUUGAGGAUUUUUUGAAUUCCUCCAUACCUAGUCUGAAGGACAUCAUUGAAAAAUGUGGCAACAGGUGUGUUGUUUUUGAGAACAACAGUCCAGAUUCAGAUCAAGUGGAAAAACUUGUGAGUUCAGUAAUGAGUGUGGCAGAAAACGGCAAAUGA